AUGGUCUCCAUAGCAUCAACUAUUACCACACAGCCUGUCGCAUCGCCAGUCGUAGUAGACUUCGCGGCAUUCAAGACUGCUGCGACGAACGUAUCUUCCUCAUUCUUCGGCAACCCUUCCUUUGAGCAGAUCAUCCGAUUUCCUUUCCGCUUUGCCACACGAGUCGACCGGGUCUUUUUACACGUUUGGAACAACUACAUACUCGCAACCUUCGGGUUUACAGGCAACGCAGGCGCAGGCGGCUUGAACGCUGCCGCUGGUGCUCUUGGGGCACACAUGGCCGAUGCACAACCAGCGGUCGUCGAAGGUCUUGCACAAACAACUCAAGAGAGCUGGGCGGCUUUCUUUGCUGAGGCCUUCCAGGCGAGCACCUUCAAGAGUUAUUGGGGGAUGUUGCACUACCUGACUUCAAGAUGGGCUUUCACCUGCUUUGCCAUGGCUCUCAUCCUCAACCGGAUAGGUGUUUAUGGGGCGUCAAGACAGCGAAUCCGUUUCACCUGGUCUCGGAGACUAGCCCUUCGGAUUGUACCCAUCUUGCUACUUACAAGUCAAAUUCACAAUCUCUUGCAGGCCAUUAGGUGUCAAACGUCGCCAGAUUUCUCGCUGUAUCGCCAUGGUGAUAACAACAAGUAUAGUCUCCUCGAUUGGUCUUCGGAUGGUGGUGCCUUGCACACAGCCACUUCUACCAUCUUAUUUCGAUCUACGGAUGCCGAUGCAUGCGCUGCAGUUGGUUUCAGCAGGCCCGAGCCCGGUGUUAAAGCCACACGCGGGUCAUUUUCCCUUCUCUGGCCAGCUUUCUUGAGACUCAGCUUGGCUCAUGCGGUAGAAAGUCUUUCUUGUACACUACAGCAAGUCCCGAGUAUGACCGAGGUGGGCAUGUCGGUGUUUGAACAUUCACUCGCCUUUGCUGAAGCCGAAACCAUGAUAUCUCAUACUCUUGGACUAGGACUUUUCGGUAAUGGCAAGUCUGCAAGUGCAAGCAAGACUACAUCUACAGAAUCUCCAGCUCCUUCCGAGUACCAGGCCACCAUACCAGCUUCAGGGACUAUCCUCGCUAUUGCUGAUGCAACAACUUCUUUGACUGCUCCUCAUUUCUUGGACCGAGUCAAUGUCCCGGUUGAGGUUCUCUUGGUCACCCUACUUUCAUGUGCGAAUGCCCUUUCAUCUCACAUAAUUGCUGUCUUAGGCAAGCAGCGUCAAUUACGACUUAUCAAUACUGGCAUCUGGGGAAUGGCAUUCAUGGGUUCCUUUGUAUGGGGCCUACUAACAACGAGCGUCAUGGUACGAAGUGGAGAAGAUGGUGAUGAUAGACCCGUCAGCAGUCUGCUCCAUUUCCCGACAGUUGCGAUUGUCGGCUUUUUGCCUCACAUUUGUAUCAUUUUUGGAAUAUGGGUGUGUCUGGUUAUCUACAUAAUUGCCCUUGUAUUCACCGCUGUCUCACUGGGUACGAAUCCCCAUAUUCCUCAGCCGACAAGCUUCAAGCAGCGUUUCAGUAUUGCCCACGACAAUCUGCAGGCUGCAGUACAGAGUAGGGGUAUAAAUAUCCGCUGGUAUGAAGAUUUUUACACAGCUUUACUCCGAAUUGGCUUUGCGGCAUUGACUGCGGCUUCAGAAGCUGUCUUCUUGAAUGAGGGCAGGUCAGUGGAGGUACGACAAUUCACCUGGCUAGAAGAAGAUCGUUUAGAUGAGUUCGAAACGAUGAAACUUGAACAUGGACCAUUCACAAGUAAUCAGCCAUUCCAAAUCCUAGAGGAAUAUGGUUUGCCUCCAUCAAGCCCUGGUGGCACCGAUAAGGGCGGUGUCUGGGAAUCGGGUUUUGCUAAGGAGCGCAAGUUCGAGCAGAAAGAAACUCAAGUAUCAAACAAAGACUCAUUCGUCUAUCCUACACCCCGGGCUGGUGGUGUCGGCGCAGUGCAGAGAACAACCCGGUUUUAUCUCCUCAUGAUCUACCUGCGAGGUAUUCUCUUUCUGAUUGGAGGGUACAUCGCAUAUGGCUUGGGAUUAUUGCUUGACAGUAUUGGCAUUACCUCACGUCCACGGUGGUUGAGAAAGAUUGUGGGCCGAUCGCUCAAGAAAAUACAGAAGGAGAAGAGAAAAUCGAGGCACGGAAAUGGCAGUCCAAUCGACAGCUGGAUCUUCUCUGAAGAUGGGAGACUAUUCACCGAUGGCAAUGUGGAUGUCGAUAUUGAGCCAGACAUGCGAUCUCGCUUGAUGACAGAGUUUCCAGGAGAGAGAGUUGACGAAUUACUUGAUAGUAAGCUUUACGACUGGUGGAAGGGUGGUGGCUGGUUUGGUACCAAGGACGAGAGUGACGAUUACAAACCACCUGCCGACAUUGACAAUGAUGAUACAACCAGUAUGAUUUCUAUGUCUACGGCAAUGUCUGAGAGCUAUCAGAGCGAUGAUGAUAAUGCUUGGGAAUCAGAGCCGGAGGGGCAACGGACACCAACACAAUCCACUCACACCCCAGCCUGGUCCUUCUCCGGCAUAGCGACAAGAGAAUUAACCCCAGAUCUCGCCGACUCACCAUUAGACCCCGCGACUUUAGCCCGGCUACUCAAUCCACAGGACAAAGAGUCUCGGGAUCAGGCUCGCAUCCUUGCCUCGCAUCUCGCAACCCCACAAUCGUCCGGCAUCAUCACUCGAUCCCGCUACCGUCGCGAACAGGAGAGCGAAAGAGCCAAGAUCCUCCUCGCCGGACGCCUCCCUCACCCAUCCACAUCGACUCCCUCCAAAAUAUUUUCCCCACCUCCGAACAUUUCACUCUACAACGAUCACACCAGAUCCUCCGGUGUCCGCCCCUUGACCGCAACUGAAGAGUCCGAAGUCCUUGAAUCACUGAUCCUCGCCCGCCGCAAGAAACACGCCCCUCCACCUCCCCCCACGAGUGGAGACGCAGAUGACGAUGCGAAUCGCCAAGCGGGCCCUCCCUGCGUGGUGUGCCAGACCGCAUCGAGGACCAUCAUCGCGUGGCCUUGCCGCUGUCUCUGCGUCUGCGAGGACUGCCGCGUCAGUCUCGCCUUGAACAAUUUUGGAAAUUGUGUUACUUGUCGACGCGCCGUGCAGGGGUUUGUCCGACUGUAUGUUCCUUGA